AAGUCUCAUUUACCUAGACUUACAAAGCUAAGCACAAAUACACACCGCAACCCAGCUGCACACCUGAGCUGUGCCACUGCAUCUGCCUUCGCGCUGCUUCCCUUUCCCGCUUUCCAAGCCACCGCCAUCACAAGUCUGCCCCUCUAGAGCUUACGACUAUAAUUUAGUCCAGUCUAACACCGCCUGGCCUUUGGGUGAACGUCUUUCUUUUUCGUCUUCGCGAAGGAGGGCCGGCGCGAUGCCGCAUCGGCGGACGGUGUCAGAGGUCGAUGUAAACAAAAACACGAACUGGCUCAACUACCCUAGCGUGUGGACCUGGUACCUGGCGCUCAUCGUGCUGGGCUGGCUCGGCAUCUCGGCGCUUAUCGACGACGCGGGCCUUGCGUGGACCUACGUGCACAUCAUUCAUGGAGUCCUGACAUACUACCUCCUUCACUGGCUCAAGGGGUCUCCCAACCCCGAGGACCAGGGCAAGUAUGAAGCUCUCACCUUCUGGGAGCAGGUAGACGGGGAGGCCUACGGGACACGCAACCGGAAAAUCUUCGCCGUAGUCCCCGUCCUGCUGUUCGUGCUGGCAACGCACGGCACCGACUUUAGGAAGCAGCCACUGGGUGUGAACCUGGCUGUUGUUUUGGUGCUCCUUAUCGCCAAACUGCCAGCGCUGCACAAGGUCCGGUUCUUUGGCAUCAACAAGUACUGAACACAGGCCUGAUGUAGUGCAGUGCUUUGCUGACUGGGUGUGUACCGCAAUGUUGACAGUGUAGGAGGGUGUGGCUGCAACUGUACGGCGGAGAAAUGCGGGCACACGAGAAUGUGCGUGCGCGUAUGAUAUGCACGCGUGUGUGAGUGCGUGCAUGAGGGCGAGAGCCGUCAAGGAGCCGUUGCAGGAGUUCAGAGCGGGUGACGUACGGCUUGACACUGGUUUCAUGUACUGGAACGUUGACGGAGCAAUGUUGCAAGGACUACCUGGCGUGGGCUUUCUAUGUUGGAGACGGUUCCGGUGUUAGAGACAGCUGAAGGCCCCAGGUCCGGCGGCGAACGGCUAGAGCUGAUGGAUACAAGGACCGCCACAUUGGUUUGCAUGCCAUGGGCCACGAGCUGAAGUGUCAGGUGUAAUGUGCGAUUGGGUGGCAUGUGUGGCCUUCUCACACAGGAAUGACACGAGCUUUGAGAGUAAGGUAUAGCAUGCAAUGCUUGGUUGAGACAGGUGACCAGAACUUGUCCUUUGAUGGAUGCCCGGGCCCGCCAUCAUUUCGAAAGACGACACUGCUGGUUGUGCAGUUGACUGAAUUAGUAAGGACAGGCGAUGCGUGAGGCCAUAGAGCCUUGUAACAGGACAGGAAG